CAAGUUAUAAUUUUUAAAUUAUUGCAGCACUGUUUUUUUAAGGUUAAAAAGUCAAUAAGAAAAACAGGUAAUACCAUAGAUCUCGCUGUAUAAAAAUAGUUAAUUAAAUUUAACAGAAUUUCUCUCCAGAGUGAAGAGAAACUGUUCUCAAAACGAGUUUACUUAAACUCAUCGCUCAUCGGAGCGUGUUUACCAAAUUAAUUUGCAACGCGGCCGCCGAUGCUAGAUCACUAGACCAGCGACAUUGACACCGUGCACGCUUUUGAAGGCCAAUUUUUGCCAUCUUCAGCGAUCGCCGUGAGAAGUGGACGACAAACUCCAAAUAGCAGCUGCGAUUGCGAUAAUAAGUGGCGCGUGCAAUAAUUUCGGAACUGAUCAAUUUUUUCCCCCCGAGUGAAACUGUGACGGAGCGAAUGCAUCAAUUACAAGAAAACAAGGGGCCAUCGGCUUGUCGUGUGUCUAUUGAAGCGAGUUUGGACCUUUUCCUGAUCCACCGUUGCCGCCGGCGCCGCCGCCUCGCAAUCAGAGCAACAAAGCUCGUCUAUAAAGCACCCGCGGACACUUGCCAGCCUCCCAGUUGGCGACAAAAUGCGAAUUGUGCUCCUGGUCUUUCCUUUAUUGCUAAUAUGCAUAGUCUCGGUCUCCGCUAAAAAGAAGAAAAUCAUAAUCCAUGUGCCGUUGAAAAUCAAAACGCACCACCACACGCACACCAUCUACAAACAUGUGUGGGACAAGGAGGAGCCGGUGAAGCACGGCGGCGACCAUUACUCGUACCACCACUCGCACCACCACCACCAUUCGGACCAUGACCACCACCACGGGGGUGGCGGAGGUGAUCACCACCACCAUUACGGAGGGCACGAUGACCACCACGGAGGAGGGGGAGGCGGCGGAGGGCACGACGACCACCACGGAGGAGGGGGAGGCGGCUCAGGUGGCGGAGGGGAAGGUCACCACCACGAAGGAGGGUCAGGGGGUGACCAUGGUCAUUCCGGAGGCGGUGGAGGACACCACGGAGGUGGAGGGGAAGGUCACCACCACGGAGGGGGCUCAGGGGGUGAUCAUGGACAUUCUGGAGGAGGUGGAGGAGAGGGUGGAUCAGGGGCCGGAGGGGAAGGACACCAUUAUGGAGGGCAUGAUUAUCACCAUGGUGGCUCAGGCGAGGAUCAUGGUCACGGAGGAGGAGGAGGGGAGGGUGACUCAGGUGGUGGAGGGCACCACUACCACUAUGACCACCAUUACCACCAUGACCAUCACCAUCACGACUACCCCGACCACAACCACGUGGAUGACCACCACCACUCGAGCCAUGAGGAUGGAGGGGAGGCGCACAACUCAUUCAUCCACGAGGACAAACAUCAAGACUCAAACGGCUACGAUGACAAGGGUGGUUCCACUUGGGGUCACCAUUCUGCCCACGCUGACUCCUACAGCCACGGUGACCACCACUCCUGGCGCAGGUGACUAGUUGUGGUUUUGACCGUGCCCGCUGCCAUUUGUGCCACGCUGCUCGCCUGUUUCUACGUCCUGAAAUGAUUUAUUAAAUUUAUGAUACCUGCAUCGCUGUACGAUAACCACAAAAGUGUUAAUAAAAUAAAGUUUUUAUUUUUAAAAAGA